AUGUGUGACAAGAUCGAUAGACAUACUUUCAAGGUUUUUAACCAGGAUUUUACUGUUGAUAAGAGAUUUCAGUUGAUCAAGGAAAUUGGUCAUGGUGCCUACGGGAUAGUGUGUUCCGCCAGAUUUACAGAGGCCCUAGAGGAUACCACAGUGGCAAUUAAGAAAGUGACAAACAUUUUUUCCAAGACACUACUUUGUAAAAGAUCCUUGAGAGAAUUGAAACUGCUCAGACACUUCAGAGGUCACAAAAACAUUACUUGUCUUUAUGAUAUGGAUAUUAUUUUUUAUCCGGAUGGGACUUUCUCAGGGUUGUAUCUGUACGAAGAACUGAUGGAGUGUGAUAUGCACCAAAUUAUUAAAUCUGGUCAGCCAUUGACGGAUGCACAUUAUCAAAGUUUUAUCUAUCAAAUCCUGUGUGGAUUGAAAUACAUUCAUUCUGCGGAUGUUUUGCACAGAGAUUUGAAACCUGGUAACCUGCUGGUGAAUGCCGAUUGUCAGUUAAAGAUCUGUGAUUUUGGUUUGGCAAGAGGUUAUUCUGAAAAUCCUGUUGAAAAUAACCAAUUUUUAACGGAAUACGUGGCUACGAGAUGGUACAGAGCACCUGAAAUUAUGUUAUCUUAUCAAGGUUAUACAAAGGCGAUUGACGUUUGGUCAACUGGUUGUAUUUUAGCGGAAUUUCUAGGUGGUAAACCAAUUUUCAAAGGUAAAGAUUAUGUUAACCAGUUGAAUCGAAUAUUACAAGUGCUCGGUACACCACCUGAUGAAACUCUAGGCCGCAUUGGGUCUAAAAAUGUUCAAGAUUAUAUCCAUCAAUUAGGAUUCAUUCCCAAGGUACCAUUUGUAGAUAUUUUCCCACAGGCAAAUCCACAGGCUUUAGAUCUGCUGGAAAAAAUGUUGAUGUUUGAUCCAGAGGAAAGAAUUACGGUUGAAGAUGCAUUAGAACACCCAUAUUUAUCCAUAUGGCAUGAUCCAGCUGAUGAACCUGUUUGUAAUGAGAAAUUUGAAUUUAGCUUUGAAAGUAUUAAUGAAAUGAGCGAAUUGAGGCAAAUGGUUAUUCGUGAAGUACAAGAGUUUAGACAGUACGUUAGACAGCCUCUAAUAGAAGAACAAGAAUGGCAACAUGAGCAAGAAUUACAAAAUAAAGCUCGAGACGAAAAUGAAUUAGAUGCGAGUUCAGGAUUGAACGAAAACGAUUUUACUCAACAAAUGUUAGGUGGCGGACCUCCAUCCGCACAAAAUCCACAAUUGCAAGAAUCUUUUGGUAUUGAUUCUAGAGAUUUACCAAGACAUGAUACAGAUUUUCCACCAAGGCCUCAGGAGAAUCUACUAGAAACACCAGUAGAAUUGAAACAGGGUGCUAAUGGUACUUUAGGAAAUCAGGGCGGUUACGGUGAUUUCUUGGAUCUAGAGAAAGAAUUAGAAUUUGGUCUCGACAAAAAAUUUAUGUAA